GUCUCCGCACAUAUGUGCGUGUGUAUAUGCAGGCGAUUGUUGCAUGUAAUGUUCAGGUAGAGAUUGCAACAUAUAAAUAAUGGUCAUCUUUCCAUACAUCGGCAAGAUCUUGGCUGUAAACACUAAUAAAUGUGCGAUCCCAGAGUUCCUUCAGUAGAUAAAAGAGAUCUCCAUCUAUAUGUGAAUUCACCAGCUUAUAUAAAAUUUUCAUGCUAGUUCAACUUGUUUGUGGAGAUUUUCCCUUCUGAAAACUGGGUAAAUAAUGUUAAGGAUUUUCCGGUUAUAUAUGCUUAAUAAUUGAUUUUAUAUGCAGCUUUUGGUUGUUGGAGGUGGUGAUGGUGGUGUUCUUAGGGAAAUCUCUAGGCAUCCGUCUGUUGAACGCAUUGAUAUAUGUGAAAUCGAUGAAAUGGUCAUUAAUGUAUCCAAGCAAUUUUUCCCAGAUUUGUACAUAGGGUUUGAGGAUCCUCGUGUUCAUCUACAUGUUGGUGAUGCAACAGAAUUUUUAAGGGAUGCACCAAGUGGAACUUAUGAUGUAAUCAUUGUUGAUUCUUCGGAUCCAAUUGGUACUCAACUGUUACUCGAUCAACUGUCUUAGUUCAUAAAUUAAUAAAGU